AUGCGGCGGUUUGAUCUUGAGGUAGUAGCUCGAGAUGUACCAGCUAUUCUUGCCGCUCUUGUUGUUCAACCGACCUUAUUGGAACAGAUUAAAGAACGUCAAUCUUCAGAUCCGUAUCUCCAAAAGGUACGGUGUGAAGUUAAGAGCGGACGUGGUGAUGAUUUUGCAGUAGGGUCAGAUGGAGCACUUCGGUUUCGCAACCGGUUAUGCAUGCCUAAAGACGAGGAGAUUCAGAAAGCUAUAUUACAGGAAGCUCAUCAGUCACCUUAUAGUGUACAUCCAGGAAAGUUGCAGAGCUUACCUAUUCCUGUCUGGAAGUGGGAGAACAUUGCGAUGGAUUUCAUUGUUGGAUUAUCUUGCUCACAGACUGGACAUGACACUAUUUGGGUGAUUGUUGAUCGACUUACGAAAUCGGCGCAUUUCUUGCCGAUUCAUGCUACUUGGUCAGGGGACAAGUUAGCACAGGUGUACCUCGACGAGAUUGAAGCGGAGGAAAAGGUACGCCUAGUCCGCCAGAGAUUGUUGACGGCCCAGUCACGGCAACAUAAGCACCGAAAGAACUUGGAGUUUGCGGUUGGCGAUCGAGUAUUCUUGAAGGUGUCGCCUAUGCGCGGGAUAAAGAGAUUUGGUGUUUGA